AUGUCUAACAAACCUUUUAAAGUCAUCGUGGUUGGUGGCGGACCUGCUGGACUAACCGCUGCGCAUGCGCUGCAUCUCGCCAACAUCGACUUUGUUGUCCUGGAACGUAACGACGAUGUUGCCGUCGAUGUCGGUGCCAGCCUUGUACUCGGUCCUCAGAGCAUGCGCUUCAUGCAACAACUAGGCCUGCUUGACAAAUUGCUUUCGAUUGGGCAGAAGUUGUUGAACAACAAGUCAUUUACGAGGGAAGGCACGAAGUUCAAUGAUAGUACUUCCAUCCAGCUGAUGCGAGAAAACUUUGGCAUAGAACUUAUAGCAUUCCAUCGAGCCGAACUUGUACGAGCUCUACUAGAAGGCCUACCAGCAAGUGCUCGAGAAAAGUACCACCUCAGUCAGAAGGUCAUCGAAAUCACAACCAGCGAAACCGGCGUGACUGUCACUUGUGCGAACGGGAAGACGUACUCCGGUUCCAUGGUAAUUGGAGCCGAUGGCGUCCACAGUCGAACACGCAAGAUCAUGCACAACCUCUCAGCUGACAGCAAGUAUGCAGCUAGCAGGAAUCCUGAACCGCCAUUCUCAGCCAAUUACAAAUGCUUGUGGUCAAAUUUCCCGCGACCUUGCGUGGCUGGCCAGGCAUCCGACACGCAGAGCAAAGACCGGUCUAUCAUGUGGCUGACUGGCCGUGAGCGUGGUUGGAUCUUCUUGUACGAAAAGCUUCCAGAGCCAACGAAAGAGUCGCCACGGUACACAAAAGCCGAGAUGGAUGAAUUUGCAGCUAGCUUCGCAGAUUGGCCUGUCAACGAGGACUUCACCAUUAAGGACGUCUACAACAGCUCGACAGCAGGCAUGUCGGUCUUGGAAGAGGGCAUACUUGAGCACUGGAGCCUAGGACGGAUCGUGCUUGCCGGCGAUGCAUGCCACAAGUUCACGCCCAACGCCGGUCUCGGCUUCACAAACGGCAUCCAAGACAUUGCAUUGCUCUGCAACUUGCUGCAUGAUGCAGUGGAUAUGAGCAAGGACAACGAUCUCAGCGAAGACUCUCUCCAACGAAUCUUUCUAGAUUACCAGACUGCACGAAAGGAGGAGCUCGCAUUCGGGUGGGGAGUAUCUUCGGUAACGACUCGUGGCCAAGCUUGGGCAAACCCGAUUUACUGGUUCUUGUCCAGGUUCCUCUUGCCUCUAUAUGCGAUCCAAUGGCUUAUGCAAAAAUACAUUGCUGGUCCGAGGAUGGCGCAAAGUAGAGUUCUCAAUUACGUCUUUGGUGAAGACCGCAUCAAGGGUCGCAUCCCAUGGGUGCAUCCAAUUCGCACCAAAGGAAAGGAACUUUAG